UAAGCAUCUGAAUCUGGAUUUUGAUUCAGGUCAUGAUCUCAGGAUUAGUGAGUUCGAUCCCAGUGUCCAGUGUUCUGCCGAGAGCAUGGAGCCUGCCUGAAUAUUCUCUCUCCUUCUCUCUCUGCCCCCACCCCCGUUCAUGUGCACCUCCCUCUCUCUCUUAAAAUAAAUAAACUUUAAAAAAAUAAAAUUAAAAAUACUUGAGAGAGGCGCUGCCAGCCAGCAUCAUAUCUUAAUUUCAAGAAUGUGCCGUAGCGGGAGGCACUACAUACUCACAUACCAUGAGGUUAAAUGGGAGGGCGGUAGCCAGCCAGGCAACCAUGUUCCACUGCUUCCCAGUCUGAGGACACCUCCUUGGGGGCACGCCUGGACCCCCCAGCCGGCCUUUCUGUGAGGUGGUUAGGCCCAGAGCGGCUUUGGACCCGAGUCCCCAGAAUUCAGAGCCCGGAGGGCUUUCCUCUCGCGGCCGUUCAGUUUCUAUGACGGCUCUCUGCACUCCUGCCUAGACGAGAGCUCGGUGACCGAUAAGCGGCCCACGGACCGAUUUUUCGUUCCUCCCCGCUUUUCCGCACCGUAACCCAUUUUCGUCUUAACUCCUGCCUGGACUAAGCCCUUCCGAACAGGGAGUGCCUCAGCCAAUUCCCUCAGAGCAAAAACCUCUUGAUGAAAGAGCUGCCCUCUGAGACAGAAGUCUGUUAGGGUUUAAUAAUUCACCUGAGCACAGUGUAUUUAAAAAAAUUUAAUACCAUAUUUUUCAUAUCGCUUACCAUUACUUGCAGUUCUCACCCAGAAAUUAAGCUCCCUCAGCGUUGCCCUCCGAGCCACCCUGCGUAAAGGGCGGGGCUCGGGCUGUGCCACGUGGGAAUACCAAAGGUGCUGGGCGAUCCUGACGGGAAUGUGCCGUGCACUUCCCCUCUUCCGCUUCUUAGACAUCAUGCCCCAGUGAACGUUUGAUGGGUUCUUGAAAACACUUGACCGAGUUGGUUUCAGCAUGUUUUUGUAUGGCACUGCUAAACUAUAAUGCGUGGCGGAAGGGGACCAUGAAGUUUUAUCAUUUCACCUGUCCCUAUGCCCCACCUGGCGCCGCCAUCUUAAGCAGAAAUGAAUCAUGGGGGCCGCCAUUUUGUUGGAACGGACGGGCAUUUCCGGUUCCGGUGGGGUUCCUUCUCUCUCUUUUCCUCUGCAGAGCCACGGUGCGAGUGGCUGUGGUGCUAGUCUCUGAGCUAUCCAACUCCAUCCUUGUCGCCCCGGCGACACCCGCACUCCCCGCCGCCAUGACUGAGCAGAUGACACUUCGUGGCACCCUCAAGGGCCACAACGGCUGGGUGACUCAGAUCGCCACCACCCCCCAGUUCCCGGACAUGAUACUGUCCGCUUCUCGAGAUAAGACUAUCAUCAUGUGGAAGCUGACCAGGGAUGAGACCAAUUAUGGCAUCCCACAGCGUGCUCUUCGGGGUCAUUCCCACUUCGUUAGUGACGUGGUCAUCUCCUCAGAUGGCCAGUUUGCCCUCUCAGGCUCCUGGGAUGGAACCCUUCGUCUUUGGGAUCUCACAACGGGUACCACCACACGCAGAUUUGUAGGACAUACCAAGGAUGUGCUGAGUGUGGCUUUCUCCUCCGACAACCGCCAAAUUGUCUCUGGCUCCCGAGAUAAAACCAUCAAGCUGUGGAAUACUCUGGGUGUAUGCAAAUAUACUGUCCAGGAUGAGAGCCAUUCGGAGUGGGUGUCUUGUGUCCGCUUUUCACCCAAUAGCAGCAAUCCCAUCAUUGUCUCCUGUGGCUGGGACAAGCUGGUCAAGGUAUGGAACCUGGCAAACUGCAAGCUGAAGACCAAUCACAUCGGCCACACAGGCUACCUGAACACUGUGACAGUCUCUCCAGAUGGAUCCCUCUGUGCUUCUGGAGGGAAGGAUGGCCAGGCUAUGCUGUGGGACCUUAAUGAAGGCAAGCACCUUUAUACACUAGAUGGUGGGGACAUCAUCAAUGCCCUGUGCUUCAGUCCUAACCGAUACUGGCUCUGUGCUGCCACAGGCCCCAGCAUCAAGAUCUGGGACUUGGAAGGCAAGAUCAUUGUAGAUGAACUGAAGCAGGAAGUUAUCAGUACCAGCAGCAAGGCAGAGCCACCCCAGUGUACUUCUCUGGCCUGGUCUGCUGAUGGCCAGACUCUGUUUGCUGGCUACACGGACAACCUGGUGCGAGUGUGGCAGGUGACCAUUGGCACCCGCUAGAAAUAGAGGGCAGAACUUUGGAAAUAAAACAUUGGUUUGCUGA